AUGGACAGCAAGAAGCGCGAAAUCGAGUUUGAGGCCAACGAGCCUCAUCAGCUACACCGUCUGACCACGUGUGGCAGUCAGCGGCGGCGACACGGCAUCGCCACCGCGACCGUGCGGCUGAUCGACCCCGAGGGCAACGUCACGAUCCAGCGACGCCGCUACCACGUGGCACGGCCGGUCAACGCCAUCUGCAACGCCGUCUCGACCGCGCCAUCGGAAUCGUCAGCGCAGCUGGUGGACUUUCAACGUGCAGCGGCACAGAGGGAGGGCGUCGACUCACUCGGCCACGUGGCCACCAUCCGCAUCGAGAAAGACGGGCAAGAUCCUAUCACCGCUGCGGCGCCGACACCGACAUAG